UGUCGAUGCCCAGCUGUUCGCACGGGACCCUCGGCCGCCCCCGCUCCGCCCCCGCCCCGCUCUUCUCCGCCAUCCGGUAACACCGCCGCGCCGUGCUGUUCCGCGCCGUGCUGUGGGCGACCCCGCGCCAGCGUUAGCAUCACACGGCCGCUGUAGGCGAGCUGCGGGGCUGCGGACCGCGGGUUGCUGCGGGGAGUGGAGGAUGUGAGCGGGGCGGAGGAGCGGGCUGUGCGCGGGGAUGUAGAGCUCGUUCAGAGGCGGGGAUGUUCAGAUAUGGAGGCUCAUCGGUACCGGAUUCACUGCUGAUUAAACAUCACCGUGAUCACAGCAGCGGAACCUGCGGGGACCUGCGGGGACUGGCGCGCUCCGUUGGGAUGGCUGAGAGCUCCUCACUGAGCAGCUGAGUCUGCUGGGUUCUCAUCUGCCUGAGAGCAUGUACAGGAGGAAUGGGCUCCCUGCCAACAUCAGCAUCACCUCCGCCACCACCCAGGACAGCAGCAGUUCUGAGUCUCUGGAUGGGCGGAGUUUGGACUCUGCUAAGAGCUAUGAUGCGGUGGUGUUUGACGUGCUCAAAGUGACACCCGAGGAGUUUGCUGGUCAGAUCACUUUGAUGGAUGCUCCGGUGUUUAAAGCAAUACAGCCUGAGGAGCUGGCCAGCUGUGGGUGGAACAAGAAGGAGAAGCAUAGCCUUGCACCUAAUGUAGUGGCCUUCACCCGGAGGUUCAAUCAGGUCAGUUUCUGGGCAGUGAGGGAGAUCUUGACAGCACAGACUCUGAAGAUCCGAGCUGAAAUCUUGGGUCACUUCAUCAAAAUUGCAAAGAAGCUGCUGGAACUGAAUAACCUGCACUCUCUGGUGUCCGUGGUGUCUGCCUUACAGAGUGCACCCAUCUUCAGACUCAGCAAGACCUGGGCGCUGAUCAGCCGGAAGGAUAAGGCCACUUUUGAGAAGCUGGACUUCCUGACAUCAAAAGAGGAGAACUACACUCGCAUGAGGGAGUACAUCAGAUCCCUCAAAAUGGCUCCCUGCAUCCCUUACCUGGGUAUUUACCUCUUUGAUAUGACCUACAUUGACUCUGCCUACCCCGCCUCUGAUAGCAUCAUAGAGACGGAGCAGAGGACCAAUCAGAUGAACAAUCUUCUCCGUAUCAUCUCUGACCUUCAGAUGUCCUGUAAUUAUGAUCACCUGCUGACAUUACCACACGUGCAGAAGUACUUGAUGUCAGUGCGCUACAUUGAGGAACUGCAGAAGUUCGUGGAGGAUGACAAUUACACACUGUCUUUAAGGAUCGAACCAGGGAACAGCUCACCUCGCCUGGUCUCUUCCAAAGAAGACCUUGGAGGACCCUCAGAAGAGUCAGUUUCAGCGAUGUAUAAUCGGAGGCCGACGUGUCCUGAUACUUCAGUCGUAGCUCAUCUGCCCACCCCCCCUCCAGCCCGGCACAGGAAGAGCCACAGCCUGGGCAAUAAUAUGAUGUGCCAGUUUGGAGUGGUGGAGAGUAAGAGUGCCACUUUCUCAGCGAAGGAGAAAGCCCGUCACCUGCUGGACGACAGCUUCUUAGAGUCCCACAGCCCAGUGAGGAACCACACGCACGACUCCGUCUUCACCAACGGCAUCUCACUCGGCAGUCGGGAAAGCUCCUUUAGUGACGAGUUGGCAACAACUGUUGAAAGGGGCCGUAUGUACGCUACACUGGGCCCAAACUGGAGGGUUCCUGUACGCAACUCUCCCAGAAGCAGAAGCUAUGUUUACAGUGCCUCAGGAGCGAUGUCCAGUUAUGAGUGCAGCUCACUGAGCAGCAUCACUAUUGAAGGACCGCUGCGCAGGAAAACAGUGAUGAAAGAAGGCAAAAAACCUACACUUUCAUCGUGGAAACGUUACUGGAUUGUGCUUUCUGGUUCCACUCUGAUCUACUUCAGCUCUAAAGCUUUAAGAGCAAAUGAAAGAAGACAUUACAAAUCCAGGCCGUGUAAGAAGAUCUCAUUAACAGGCUGGAUAGUGGUGCUGCCAGAUGACCCUGAGCAUCCCAACAUUUUCCAACUCAAUGACCCUGAUAAAGGGAAUGUUUACAAGUUCCAGACUGGAUCUCGCUUCUCUGCAAUCAUCUGGCACAAGCACUUGGCUGAGGCCUGCAGGUGUAUAAGACCACAGAUACCAGCCAACUUGAUGUCUUUUGAAUAGCUGCCAGAUACAGAAGGACAAACUGAAGGGACCAGUCCUGAAAUUGUACAGGAACAACUGAAGAAAUGAACAAUGUAUGAAAAGUGUGAGACAUUGCUCUGUACACUAACAAUCCUGUUGAUCAGGGUCCAGUAUUUAUUGGUUUUUGCAUUGUGUUAAUCAAGUGAGGGUUCUGUGCAAUUUGGGGAAGCCUUUCUGAAAAUGUGCCGAAGAAGAACAGGGGAUACGUGUUCAUCACUCCAACAGCCGAAGCAUUGCUGCUCAUGGAACAGAAAAGGAAACUCUUUCGUUGUUUUUGCUAUGGGUUUGGCCAUGGAACAACUGUGCUCUACUCGUACUGUGAAGCUGUCCAGAUUUCAUCAAAUGAAUUCACUUGUUUAUAUUUUAAAUAGCUUCUCGUCUCCAGCAAAGGGGUGUACUGAUUUCAUCCACAGUGAAUUUGUGAACUGUUAGACCACAUUAUAGUGUGGCUGCCAUCUAAAUAUUAUCAAUGUUAUUAACUAGUAUACAUGCAUACUGCUCUGUGUGAAAAAUCAAGUGUACAAAAUGUUGUCUUAUUUAUCUGUUUCAUGUGAACAAGUGCCAAAAUUAGAAUAUUUGUAUUAUUCUCAAUGUUAUCAUUAUUUUUGACUCUGUGUGAUGUUCUGUGAACUAAAACGAAGCACUUAGAAAGUUUAGAAAGUUUUAGAAAGUUUAGAAAGUUUUAGAAAGUUUAGAAAGUUCUAGAAUGUAUUCUGGAACAGUGAGAUCCCAGUACCAAACCGAAAACAGGACAUAUGAAGUUUUCAUAUAAAGCAUUUAAUUGGAAAUCCCUUUUUUUUUUUUUCUAAUGAGCUGACCCCAGUUUUAUUUAUGGUAGUUUUGUUGGUAGUAGAGCGAUCUGUGAAAAAUGUGGGUUUAAAAAAAAAGCCCAUUCCUAUGUAAAUGACUGUAUAUUGUAAAGUAUUUUAUUUUGUAUGUUGUAGUAACACAAUCAUUGUGGUGAAACAAAUAACACUGUUAUCACUCCACCCCUCUUAUUUCAGUGGAUUUACAAAAUACAGUAUGUACUUUAAAAGAAAGACGGAGAAAGAGAGACUUUCUUUAUUUAACUGUGAAUCAAACAGAGAGCUGUAGCAACAUGUUAUUACUUUCUGUGACACAACAUACAACCCAUUUGUACAGAUCUGGAUCAGCGUAUUAUGUCGUAUUAUGUGUGCAUCAGCAUAUUUUAAAACAUGCUUAUGACUAGCAGUAUCAGAUCCGACACUGUAUGGAGGCAUGACCUUUCUGUUACCUCUUUGUUUAUUAGUAUUUUAAUAGAUUUUACACUAAGGUCACAGCUAAAUGGGGUAUCUUUGGUUAAAGUGGCCACAGCAGUGCUUAAUGUAAUGACCGUUUCACUUUUGUGCACUUUUGUAAUUAGAUUUUUUUUACUCUGAAUCAUAUUAGCAGAAAACAUGUUUUUCAGUCUGUAUUACACCCCUGUACUGAUGUGCUAAAGAAGCGACUGUACGUGUUUGCUG